AUGGAGAGCAGCAGCAUGUUCUUUGGUACCACAUGUCAGAAUGGCCUCUUGCCUGCUCUGAUGCGUCCCACUCUGCCCACCGUCCAGACGUCGCUGGGCCUGAAGCAGUUCCUCCCGUUUCCCCUGGACACGGCGUCGACCGUCAGCCUCUUCCCAGGAUUCAACACGAUGGACCCGGUGCAGAAGGCCGUCCUCCAUCACACCCUCGGUCUCCCUCCCACCAUCAAGAGGAAGCACGUCUCCUGCAGCGUCUGCCAGCUGAGGUUUAACUCACAGAGCCAGGCCUUGGCCCACUACAAGGGGACCAAACAUGCCAAGAAGCUAAAAUCCCUGGAUGCUCCGAAGACUAAGCUCAAAGGCUCAGUGGUCACCAAGGAAACCACCAAUCAGGAGAUCGCCAAGGCAGUCACCACCUCCCAGGUGUCUAACGGCACCGACAGGAAAGAUGUCGUCCCCGGCGUAGCGCCCCUGCCGCUUUCCCCGGUGCUCAGAGCGGCACAACUGCUGGUAACCCCUACUGUGCCAGCGCCGGCACCCGCGGUCUCGCCGAUAGUCCUGAGCAGCACGACAGCGACAGCCCUGGAGUCUACCUCAGCCACUGGAGGGGAAGAGAAGCAAUUAAAGCUCAAUUCACCCUCAGAACCAGACCUGGAGCCCGAGGCCGAACCCGAGGCGGAGUCAGACACAGAAACAGAGGAGGAGAAAGCUCGGCGUCUUCUCUACUGCUCGCUCUGCAAAGUGGCCGUCAACUCGGCGUCGCAGCUGGAGGCUCACAACAGCGGUACGAAGCACAAGACGAUGCUGGAGGCCAGGAGCGGCGUGGGCUCCAUCAAGUCCUUCCCUCGGCCGGGAGUCAAGAGCAAAUUGGUUCCCAUGACUAAGUCAUCAACGGGCCUGCAGAACAAAACGUUCCACUGUGAGACGUGCGACGUGCACGUCAACUCAGAGACUCAGCUAAAACAGCACAUCAGCAGCCGGCGUCAUAAAGACCGAGCGGCGGGGAAACCUGCUAAACCCAAAUACAGCCCCUACACUAAGCCGCCGAAAGGCCAGACCAAACAGUCGCAGAUAAAACUGACCCUGGGUAAGGAGCGACAGUGUCAGCCUCUGACCGCUCAGAUCAUUCCGGCUCACCUGGCUGCAGUCGCAGCGGCCCUCAGCAACUCUUUCGCACACCGCACGAACCCCACCACGAACCCCGCCCCGACUCCCACCCUCUUCCAAACACAGUCCCUCCCUGCGGCGUUGCUGCGCCCGGCCCCCGGGCCGGUCAGGACCUCCCACCCACAGGUCCUAUUCGCUCCUUAUUGACCUGUGUGAGUGUGGGUGGAGCUGCUCCACCGUCCGUCAAGGACCAAACAAGAACCAGGCCAAGGAGUCACGUCGGCAGCACCUGCGUUCCUUCUAUGCAUCUGGGAUGCUGAAACAUCGUCACGCGAGAUUUUCACCUGUUUUCAUGUGGAUUAUCCUGCAUUUAAAGCUAAACUGGACGACAGCGACGCAUCGUGAUGGAUUUACUCCUCCAGUCCAACUGAAAAACCUGGACACAUACAUGCUUUUUUUCCUGUGCCAUCCUGCUGCCCAGAACCCAGAGUUGGACCGUCAUCGUACCGCAAUAAUGUAUAAGACUAAUCCUGUGAACUAUGCAGUGUCAUUAUUUCAAGAUGUGCGGAGCAGUUUGAACCGAAAAUACCGUAGGGAAAUGCCUUUUGUGAGCAGACUGUAUAUAAUGCUGUGUUUCCAUCAUGGUACAGUUCGAUUUGGUACAGUUUGGAAUGGUUAAGACCUGGGUCAGGCUUGCUUGUCGACGGAGAACAGUUCCCUUACUUGGUGAGUGGGGUGUGGGCUGUGACUGAUGGCAGCAUAGCGUGACAGCGACAUCGAAUGUGAUGAGUGAGGUGGUGCACAGGUGGUGCAUCGUGAAGUAGUGUUGUUAUUGACGCUCAAUCAGCUGACUGUCAUGGGUGGAGCCAGUCAAGUACCAUACCAUUGGGGUAGCACUCUGGGGUACCAUUGGGGUACCACCCUUGGGGUACCAAGGGAAGGGUGUCAAAGAAUGGAUCACUUGGGGCUGGUUAUUGUGGUUACUAUUCCAAAUGGAAACAGAAAAAUAUACACACCAUACUGUACCAAACCGAACUGUUCCACUUGGUGGAAACACGGCUAAAAAGUGGACGUAGUCUUCUGGUUGCAAAAAGAACUCUCAUUUUGAAGAUUCAAGAUUCACAAUUUGACCGUUCAGUAUUGGAUGAUACUUUAUCUCUUUUCAUACCUUAUGGUCUAUUAUUUAUCUGAAUGGAAACAUAAUUUACAAAACUAUACAUCCCAUUUUAUUUGACGAAGAGCGAAAACUCCCAAUUGAGACGAUUAACUCCUCAGGAAAAUGUUUACGUUACGACAUCAUCAAUUUUUCAACGGGUUUCCAUGCAAACGGAGUCGCCGCCUGCUGGCAAACUGGAAGACUACUGCCAUUUUUAUAUACGGUCGGUGUUUUUGUUAAGAUACAGUGCCGGCCCUAAGAUCAUUGCUUUCGUGGAGGAUUAGCAUCACUCAUGAAUUUCGGCUUUUAAACCUGGCAUUACAAUGUGUUUUCUGUGAUUGGAAAGCGCUACCACAUGCAUUUAGACGUGUCUCCAGUGUCCACAUCAAGAUCCGAUUGCAGUCUGGUCACGGUCACUUCCCCCUCUUUCCAGCAGCAGGCUACAGUGCCACAAUUAGCUGCACGUGGAGGUACAUGUUGUACGGACUCCUCUUUGCUUUUACAAACUGCGGAAUGUUGGUGAAGCGUAGACGCAUCAGAGACUCAUUGGAACCACCUCCUGAAGUGGUCGGCAGAUCGGAAAACAAUUCGUCCUUGGGUGUCUUUACACCUGUACAAGUUAUCAGGCGCUAUCUGAUUACAAUCCGACUAGUUAUUGUGGAUGAGGUGCAGACGCAUCAGAGACUUGUUGGGACCACCUCCUGAAGUGGUUUGGCAGAUCGGAUAACAAUCCUUGGGUGUCUUUACACCUGUACUUACAAGUGGUCAGGCACAAUCCAAGUAGUUGUUGUGGGUGAGGCGGAGACACAUCACAAACUUGUUGGGACAACCUCCUGAAGUGGUUUGGCAGAUUGGAUAACAAUCUGUCCUUGGGUUGUCUUUACACCUGUACUUACAAGUUGUCAGGCGCUAUCCAAUUCCAAUCCAAAUAGUCGUUGUUGUGGGUGAAGUGGAGACUCAUUUUGGACCACCUCCCGAAGUGGUUUUCAGAUCGGAUAACAAUCCGUCCUUGGGUGUCUUUACACCUGUACUUACAAGUGAUGAAGUGCUACCCGAUGCAUUUGAGACUCUUGGGACAACCUCCUGAAGUGGUUUAGCAGAUCGGAUAACAAUCCUUGGCGCUAAUUGAUUCCAAUCCGAUCACAGAAAACGCAUUUUAAUGCCACAUGUAAAAGAGUCAAAGCGUCAAAGAGGCUGCCACUGAUGAGAAGAGCGAGCAAAGACCCUCCUCUCUUCCUGUUUGCACUUUAAGCUCCUUUUUCCCUCUGUUGAUGUCCUCAUUCGAUGGCUAGACCGUGUUAGAUGGUUAGAGUAUGUGUCGUAAUGUGCGUGUUUGUGUUUGUCCUUGCAUUGUCCGUGUAUGUGUGUGUGUGUGUGUUAGAGUGUGAAAGAGACUUCAUACUACAUACAUGUGCUUGUCCAUGUGAGUGUGACUGUGUGUUUGAAAGAGAGAGAGAGCUUCCGAGGCACCGUAAGCCAUGCGAGUGGAUAUCCAGCGCACAUUGUCUCAGAUCAUGUCUCAGGCCAAAGGGACCACAAAUGCUUGUGCAUAUUAACUGUCAGUGUGUAAAAGGUGAACAAUUUCAAAUAAAAAGAGUCCUAAUUUGUUA